CAUGUAUAUAAAAACCCUCAGAAAACAUUGAAUUUCAAAACCCUCUCAGACAUAACUGUAAAUUGCGAAAAAGAAAGAUGAAAUACACACUGGUUAUCACCAUUUUUUGUGCUGUUCUUAGUUUUUCUGCCGCUGACAGGAAAAGGUGCUUUUGCACGGCUGUAGCAGCCGACAAUCACAAUAACGUCCUCCACGAUUUCAGCACCAUCGCAGAACAUCAUAACUGGUUAACUGUCGGAUGCAGACGACUUCACGGCUGUUCUAGUAAAUGUGACCAGAAAGUGAAAGAAUGGGUGUGUAACCACCAAGCGGAGUGCAAAGCAAAGGCUAGGGGCAAGCAUGUUGUUCCUUACUACACUGCCAGUAUAUGUGGAAAUGGUGCCGGGAAUAAUCCCCGACCAUGUGGAUGUAACGAGGGCGGAUUUAACAAAACAAGGAGGUGUCAGCUGCAAUGUAUUAGUAAAAUAUUCAGUCAUGGACAUGUUGCAUUUCUGGACUGUUUAAAUAAAUGCAUCGCAUAACAAAUCGAUGUUGUAAUGAAUUGUCAAAUAAUUAUUAUAAUACGAAUAAUGUUAUUUAUUAUUAUGUAAAAAAUGUCCAUAUUCGUUGAAUGAAUUUUAUUUUUGUGAAAAUAAAAAGUUCUUUCUCAUUAUUGAAAUCACAUAAAUUAUUUUUUUCCGAGCCCCAAAAUAGGGUUAUCCCAUUUAUUAUUAUAAGUAGUAGUAGCAGCAGCAGUAUUAUGAGUUUGAGAAAUAUCACAUGUUGACCCUUACAGUAUGUAUGAUAUGAAGUAUAAAAAAGAUUCAAGCCACAUAUAAAUGAAUAAUACCCAAACUGUUUUUGUAUAAAAAUAUUAUAAAACAGAUCUAAAGUAAAAACGAUAUUGUAUUUCACAAGUUUCCAUCGCCUGUUCUAAUAAAUGAUAUGAUUCUUUCCGACU